AUGUCCGACUUCACCGGUCGGCGAUGGAUAUUCAUCGGAGGAAACUUGCUUUCGUUCAUUGGCUUCCUCUCUUGUGGACGAGCCGCUGAUGCCGCGACCAUAACUGGCCUGAGCGCACUCAUUGGAAUCGGUACUGGAAUCCAAUUCAUGGGUCCCUUCUUAGCAGUUCCAGAGCUUGUUCCCGUGCGGUACCGCUUCGCGAUCGUGGGCUUAUCGAUGAGUCUUUUUGCCCCGUUGUUGGCUAUGGCUCCGGCCAUAGUCCAAGCCCUCGUGCAGCACACGGAUGAGGGAUGGCGCUGGUGCUAUUCGAUCAACGCUAUAUUCUCGAUUGCGGCGACAAUAUUGCUGCUUGGCUGCUAUCGUCCGCCGACGUCUGCGCAACUCAAGCAGUCCAGCCCUCCGGAACAUCGUCUUGAUAAAAAGGAGUGGCUGAGGACCGUCGUAUUUGCGUUUGCAACCGCACUCGCUACGUACGGCUUGCUCUGGGGUGACACGGUAUUUGCAUGGAGAUUCGCUGGAGUUAUAACACUCAUUACGGUCAGCGGGCUAAUUCUCAUAGUACAUGCCGGCAUCCAAGGUGCAAAUCCGCAGAGCGGACAUGGAAGGUUAUUCCGCAACAUCCGUGCAAUGGUCCAGAUCACUAUCGCCAGUGGCAGCUCGCUCAUUCUCUACUUUAUGCCCUCGACAGUGGAGCUCGUCCUUCAGAUUAUCAUUGGGGAAACUGGUAUGAAGGCGGCGUGGAAUCAGACAUCCUACUUCGCUGGCCUAGCAGGAGGCUUCAUACUAGCGGGUAUCCUCUUGAUCAAGCCAAUGUUUGUCAAAUGGCAUCUCGCCGCGAGCGUGACACUAGCGAUGGUUUUCCUUUCCGCGCAGGCGUCUAUCAACUCGGAGCGAAAGACUGAGCUGCUCGCAUUCGCCUCCCUUGUCGGCUUUGGUCAAGGAUAUGCCAUGGUAAUCAGCCAUGUCUCUGCUCCGAUGGCAGCGGAAAAGCAAGACAUGGGGCUCGUGGCGGGGAUUAUAGUUGCAUUCAGGAAUCUGAACUAUAGCGUCUUGAAUGCAAUCCUUUUUGCAAUUUUCACACCCCGCUUCACCUCAAACCUUGAACCCCUCGUAACCGACGCAGCCAUCGAGGCGGGCCUCCCAGCCUCCUCGCUCCCGAUCCUAUUCGAAACGAUCGAGGGCAUAAUUUCCUCCGGCGACGUGACCGCCCUCUUCUCUGUGCCUGGUAUAGGCAUCCAGGUUAUGAUCGCGGUGCAAGAGGCAGUUGUCGUGGCUGGCACGGAGGCGUUCCGGUUUAUUCUGCUGUUGGCGAAUCUGUAUGCAAUUCCGCUGGCCCUUCUUGCCAUUGCGGCGCAUAAUUUGGAUGGGUAUCUAAGUAGGGAUGUUUGGGCCGUUGGUAAUCCGAUCAGGUGGGGAGGAGGUUUUGUAGUCGUUUUGAGGGAUAUCCUGCGCGGGGGCUGA